CCUAUGGCGCACGCCAUAGAGUCCGUUGGGCGGAUACAAAAGCAUCAGAAGGUUGCUAAGAAAGGAGCACUACACAGUAUCAAACUCCAGUCGCUACUCGUUACCCAGAAUUAGGAACAAAAUCCCAAUUUCGAAGAUGCUCCUCAACCCAGCCCGUCUUGCCAUUGCGGCCAUGUCCGCUCUGGCUUUUAUCGCACAACCCGCCUUUGGACAGAACAUCACACGGUUCAAGCCGCCUGCGCUUAUCCCAUUUGUCCACAUCGACCUAUUCGUUGAGGCCUCGACAUAUGUGAACGCCACUAAUGGAAUCCAAACUGGGCAGGCUAAUAAUCAAGGCGGCAACUUUACCGGCGCCAUAAGCGGGAAAGUUCUGAAACUCGGGACGGAAUUUGAGACAUUUCCCCUAGCUGCUAAUGGUACGGAAAGCACUUACGACAACAUCUUCACAUUAAAUACUACCGAUGGAACACCACUCCUUCUGAGCGUCAGCGGACACAUCCAUUACACUCCGCCCAAGCUACUUGGCUUCGCCCGUAUGGAGUUCUCGACCAGUUCUCCAAAGUACCAAUAUCUAAGUUAUGGUGACUAUGUCGCCGAAUUUGAGGCCACUUUCCCCUCGGGCAGAGUCUCUGUGGAUGUGUUCGAGUUGAAAAGCGCCGGGCACUAUUAGAGGUUCGAUCCUAGGUUAGCUACAGUCUCCCGUCCCCCCACCCCCCCUCUUUUGUACGGCCUGGCCACGUCUGUGCACAUCUGUGCACAUCUGUGCGCAUCUGUGCGUUGAAUGUUCAGGAACCACGGCAGAUGUUGUAUAUAUAUUCUAGAGCAAUCAAAAGUACAGAUGCCUAAGCAUCUAAUAUGACGAUUAUCACCCCC